GUCAUUUUAGCGUUCACUUUAGUGUGAUCAGUUGAAUAUAAAUAAUUAGUAAAUUAACAAUUUGAUUUCUUAAACUGAAAAUGUUAAUUGUGUUAAGGUUCAGUUUGUGUUGUUUCUGUUCGAAGUUGAACACCAAAUACUAAUACUAACAGUAGAAUAUAAGUAAAAAGUGAAGUGUAAUUCUGAUGUUACUAAUAGGUUAACUCUUCAGAGUGAGGAUCUUAACGUAGUAACAUCUUGUCAUUUUGGGGUAUCGGUCUGAUAUUGGCUUAGGCCUGGUGGUUUCAUUGGGGUAGAUGUGUAUCUAGCAGGAAAACUGAGAAUGAACCUAUGAUCACGUACUAGUGCUCACAGAGGUUGUAUUGCUGUCCAAGUAGUGGAAGACUACAACAAUAUUAUGUGCACAUCAUAUGCUGGCACAAUAUACAUAGACAUGUGUAGGGGUGGGAGUUUGUUCAACAUGUGCAGGAAAUUCCAUGGCAGUUGCGAUAGAAGUAAUAGCUCGUAGUGGUGCAUAAAGAAUGAGCCUUGAUGACACCAGUAAACAGGAUCUUUUGCAGGCCCUUCACAAAAAACUGAAAGAUGAAUUCAAAGACACCAUUUUGGCCCAGGUUCAGCCAUUUCUAACCGAUCAAGUGGACAGUGAUACACAAGAACUUGAGAAACAAAUUUAUCAAUCUCUGGUAUCUUCCCCAGAUUUUUACAAGUUUCAACUAACGUUUUUCAACUCGCUUACUAAGUUGAAUGAAGACAGCAUUCACAUUUUCUCUAAAUUUCAACAGUCAGUUUGGGAUGACGGUUUCCGUAGUCGUCAACGGAGUUUAAUUUCAUUGAGCAAUAUUUCAACAAGCAGUUCGUUUAAUCAGUCAGGUGUCUUAUUUCUUUCAAAUGAUCAACUUCAUGAAGCUAAUAACAUGCUUUUGAGCUCUUCUUCAUCAGCAAAAUUACAUGCAUUACAACUUAUAGGGAAUAUAUCCUCUCUGGAGUUUGUAGUGUGUGGAAAUUUGUGGACACAGUUAGAGAUUGGUUUAACUGGUGCUCUGCUUCAUCCAGUUGUCCUUAUUCAGCAAGCAGCACUGCGAGUUUAUAGAAAGAUGCUUUCCUGCAGUAUGGCACACAUUGUUAAAAAAGGUUACGUGAGCUUGUUAACUUUUCUUUCAUACAAUAUAACGGAUGGUCCAUUCUCAGAGUCUUGUGAUAAAUCUGUUGGUUCUCGAUAUCAAGUGCUAUUGUUAGUGAACAAGUUUCAACAGAAGGUGGCUAGACACUGGUUGCGUUAUCCACAAACAGUCAUUGAAGAAAUUAUUGAAAGUACAUUUUACAUGCUUUCUUGCUCUGUUAAAGAGAAAGAACCAGAUUCCAGCAAGGUAUGGGAGUAUGUUGUGCAAGUGGAUCCCCAUUUUGUCUGGCUAGGCAACUGGCUUCAUGGAGCAUUCAGUAGGUCCAUUUUAUUUCGGUCUUUGAAAAAACAUGUAGAAAUUCUUAUUUAUAUUCUAAAAAGUUACACAAACAGCAUUGAUGUACAUUUACCUUCAAAAGUUUCUGAAAGUUGCAACAUAUCUGAAAGUACACUUAGGAACAAUAAUAUAACAGGAUUAUCUCACACAUUUUUUCUCUCCAGAAUAUUACUGUUUACAGAUGGAAGGCAGCUUUUUCCUGUUAAAAUAGAUGAAUCACAAGACACGUGCAUUACCCUGGAAGAUACCUUGAAAUCUUUAAUUGAAACAACUUGGAAAGUUCUGCCUUAUUUAGGAGAUAAUGUCUCUGCAUUAGUAGAUUGUGUUGUGAAAACUUGUUCUACCAUUUUGUUAUCCGAAGUUGAGGUUACUCAAGAGAAUAUUCUAGAAUCUCUGGUUUUUCCUGUUUUAGAAGAUCAUGUUGGAAGCUCAAAGUGUCUUCAGGCAACAAGGUGUUUGCUGAAGUUGACAUUAAAUGAAUGUUUUGUGAAAAAGUUGUUAGGCAUUACUGGAGAUCAACCACUAGGUUUGACCAUCAUGAAACAUACCAUUUUUAUAUUUUCUUGGGGUGAGAAUUCCAAUAAAGAACUUGAAGAGGUUAGACAUAAUGUGAUAUGGAUAUCUUGUAAUCUUCUGGCUCAGCCAAAGGGAAAAUUACUUGCCAUGAGGUGUAAUUUAUGGAAAACAUUACUAAAUGAAUUAUCUACAACUUUAGCUAGGCAAAGAAGUUCAUCAGUAGACAAUCCUACAUCAGCUAUCUCCAACAAAAUUCUUCUUGUUGAUAAAACUUUAAGUAUUCUGCUUAAUACCUUUAUGGGAAAUCAAAUUGGUGUAUUAUUUUUAAAAAAUGCUGGUAUUUUACUUGAAUGUGUAAAUAUUAUGUUAUUGUCCCUACCACUUGAAGACACUACUACGGUGUGUUCAGCCCAAUGUCCCCAUGCUGUUUUAAGUUUAACUUUUGCUUUACCUCACUUAGCCAACAUGAUAUGGGAUGACAUGGACAUGAUGUUAAGGUUUAUUUGGCAUUUGUGUGAGAAACAUGCUGCAACAUGUCUCAGAGCAUACCAAGCUCAAGAACAGCCACCUUCUCUGGAUUUAGUUUUUCAGAAAUAUAUUCAUCUGUUCUCUUUAUAUCCUGCUGAAAUGUUACUCAUCCAUCAAGAGGCAACACUAACUAAAGAUGAUACUACUAGUAUAGCUGACUCUUUGAAUAUGUUUCCUGAGGUGGUUAAUGAAAACAUAUCAUCUGAAGAUAAGCAUCUUUUAUGCUUAAAUGUACUAUCUGUCAUGGUGACCAAUAUAAAAACUUGUUUGUAUCUGGAAGAUAGCUUUCAACUACAAAAACAUCUUCUUUUGGACCAGAUGAAAGAUCUAACAGAAGAUAAAAACAUCAUUAUAGAUGAAUAUUCGCUCAUAAGGAACCACAUUAUCUCAAGGGUUAAGACUAUUGGUGGGCAUACAGAGAGACAUCUGGCUCCAAGAUUCUAUUCUGAAAAUAUAAACAAGUGGCCUUUCAUCACAGAUGACACUGUACCAUCAGCCUAUCAGUCUUGUAAACUAGAGGUCGAAUGUGACAUUGAAGUUGAGAAUUGGUGUUCUGAACUUGAUGAUUUGCAGAAACUACAAAAUGCUUUCAUUAAAUAUUGCUGUUGUGAAUCAGUGAAAAACUUGAAUAAUAAAUGUGGCAGUCUAAUCAGAGCAUAUAUAGUCUUGGAAGAAGUCACAUCUAGUAAACCCUUUGUGAAUUUUAAUGAUGACUCCUUUGAAAGUUCUUCAGAUGAUCAGUUACACUGUUCUGUUUCACAACUGGGCAUUGAAAUGUGCAUAAAGUAUGCACAGGUUUUAAAUCUUCCUGCGUUCAACGGAAAUUUAGAAGAAAAAAAGAUGUUCAUUUUAAGAAUGAUCAAAAAUAGGGCAGUGAGAAAAAGAGAGUUUGAUUUUUUUAUCCCAACUGUUUUUAUCAUUUUAGAUGGACAGUUAAAGAACGUAGAAACAGUCACACAUAUUGUAUCUCAUUCCUGGAAAUGUUUAUACUUUUGGUCCUCAAGUAGUGCCCUUCAUGAGUUUAUUUAUUCAACGUUGCUGCAGGAAUUAGAUUUCCUGGUUAGUGCAACUCUUCCUACUAUUUACAAUGCUUUCCAAAUGAAUGGAGUUCUACCAUCAGUGAUAUUCCACCACUGGCUUGGCCAGUGUUACUGGAACUACCUAGAUUGGUCCGAAAUAUGUCGAUGGGUAAACCUUCUUCUGUUGUGGGGAGGAGACUUUGUCUUGUAUCAUGCUGUGGCUGUUUUGAAGCAUUUAGAACAUCAUAUUUUAGAGUUUGCUCAGAAACAACAACUCCUUGUUUUCUUAAAAGAGCAACCUAUACAAGGUUUCCAGCUAAUGAAAUACAUGUACUUAAUUGAAGACUUGAACUUGCAAUAUCACAGCCAAAUAGAAACUGACUUAAACUUUGUGUGCUCUUUAGACAAGUGUGGUUUGUAGAGGAAAGUAGAAAAAUGUGCCUAGAGUAAGUCUUGUUAUAGAUCGAAAGAUGAAUAAUGAUGUGUUUUGUUCGGUACAGAUGAUGUUUAUAAAUUAUGAAGUGUGUGUGCAUGUAAUGUAGAAAUGUAUCAUUUAUAGAACUAUAUUUAAUAUAUACUUUUAGAACAGCUUAUACAACAAUGAUGGCCAGUUUAUUUCGACAAGGUCAUCAGUUUCACUGAUCUUACUGCAUUAUUUUGACACGUUUGUACAUGUUACUUUCUGAGUGUUAACUUACCUGCCCACUAGUUAAGUUCCAAUUUUUGACUGUGGAUCUUUAGUUAUUUUAAUAUGGAAUGGUUUUAUUUAAGGCAGUGCACACAAUCUUGAAAUUAAUGUGGUUUAGUUUGGCAUCACAUUAGCGGAUGACAGAUCAUAAAGUGUGCAUUAAGUUCAAAAGCUUUAUUUUAUAUGUUUAAAUACACAACAAGUUACUGACCAUACAAUUUUAUUAAUAAUUGGAAAAGCAACAUAGAAAACAAAAUGAUGUAAAUGAAGAUUUAAGUGACUUAUUUUAGAAACUAUGAAAUUGUAGAUAAACCUUUGUAAUCUUUUCUGGAUAACUCGAUGAUUUCAGAAAUGAUCAUUUAUCAUAUUUUAAGAUUUUAUAAAUGAAAUUUCUUAAGUUUUUGUUUUCUCAAUCUUACAAUUAUUAAUACAGUUGAAGCUACCUGUUGACAGAAGAGGUCAAAGUUCCUAAUACUUUACAACUGAAACACCUGAUAAAGACAAGAGGCAACUUAUAAGUAGGAUUAUGUUCAUAAAGUUUUCACUGUUUUGAAAGUUAACAAAACAAGCUGCAUAAAGUACAGAUUCUGAUUCCAAUAUUCAAAGAAAAAGUAGAUUAUAAAGAUUUAAAAAAUGUUAAUCUGAAGAAGUAUCUAGCAAGACUCGUUCUAUUGGAUGAUAUUGUGGUGUUUUAGUAAUCCUGUUUCCUGAUUGGAUUGUUGUAUUUAUUGACACUUCUAACCUUAAAAUAGCUGACUUGUUUGUUAUAACAAACAAGUUUAAUAAUGAAAUGAUUUAGCUUUAUGCUAACAUUUUUUAAAAUGAAAUCAUUCAAUUUUAUGCUUAAUUUUUUAAAUGAAGAGACUCGAUUCUGUGCUUAGUGUUUUUAAUGAAGUGAUUCAACUUCAUGCUUACAUUUUAAGUGUUUCCAGCACUCUUCUUGAAACCAAAUAGUUGCUUUCAUUCAAAGCUACAUUUACUGGAUUUUAUUUUAACUACAGAUUCUUAGUUGUGCUUUAUUAA